GACGCCAAUCACUGUCAGUGGAGUUCGAUUGAGUGAGGAAUGCGACACGUAUGAGCGUUUUGCUCCAAAUUAAAUAAAAUAAUUCGAUAAUUUGCUGUUGGAGAACACUUUUGUAGUGAUAAUUCAUUGAAAAAGACUAUCACGUUUAUAUCGGGUGUUUUUGUGGAUAAUGUGUGCUAAAGUUCGUAUUUAAUAAUUUUGCUGUUUUUUGAGGGGGUGUUAUUAACAGUGGCGUUUCGUUGAGUUGCCUGGUGUCAGUAGAUGCCGAUGGCGGCUACUACUCGGCCAUGCCGCCCGCUGCCAUGAGGCUGCAGGAGGACCAUCCCCCGCCGGUGUCAGCGGCCCCUACUAACCACUUGAUAGCUAAUUUAGAGACAAAUAAUAAUAGAGCAACUGGCUCCGAGCUGGAGCUGCUCGCGAAACUGGAAGAGGCCAAUAGGCUCUAUGAAUCCGACGCCAAAUCGCUCAAUUCGUUGAGCGGGGCGUCGGCGACGUCGGGACAUUCGAGGAAGAGCUCAGACACGUCGCAGAUAUCACUCACUUCGGGUACGAGCUCGACGCAGGAACGUGCCGAAGAUGGGGGCGAGGAGGACUUAUGGGUCACAUGGGGACACAUAGUUAACGAUUGGGAGAACAACUGGAAAAAACAGAACGCUCAAAUACGGGAAUUGGUCCGUCGGGGAAUACCCCUACAUUUUAGGGCCAUCGCCUGGCAGUUGCUAUGUAAAGCCACCGAUUCGCCAGAGAAGAAGCAGUACGCGGAAUACAUCAAAACGAAAUCGCCAUGUGAAAAAGUAAUACGUCGUGAUAUAGCUAGGACCUAUCCCGAGCACGAGUUCUUCAAAGAAAAAGACGGCCUAGGCCAAGAAUCUCUGUUCAAUGUCAUCAAAGCCUAUUCUCUGCACGACAGAGAAGUCGGAUAUUGUCAAGGUACCGGCUUCAUUGUGGGACUGCUACUCAUGCAGAUGCCAGAAGAAGAGGCAUUUGCGGUACUGGUCCGCAUCAUGGAAGACUACCGCAUGCGGGACAUGUUCAAGCCCAGCAUGGCGGAACUGGGCUUGUGCAUGUACCAACUGGAAAACCAAGUCGCCGAAUACUUACCGGACCUCAAUCAGCACUUCCAAUCUCAAAACUUCCACACCUCCAUGUACGCUUCGAGCUGGUUUUUGACGCUGUUCACGACAGCGCUUUCUCUGCCGUUAGCCUGCAGGAUUAUGGACGUGUUUUUGUCGGAGGGCAUGGAGAUCAUCUUCAAAGUGGCUUUGGCGAUGUUGACGUUGGGGAAGGAGGAGUUGAUGUCGUUGGAUAUGGAGGGGAUGUUGAAGUAUUUCCAAAAGGAGCUUCCCGCUCACGCCGAAGCUGAUCCUGAGGCUUUGAUGCAGACGGCCUAUGAGAUGAAAUACAACGCCAAAAAGAUGAAGAAAUUGGAGAAGGAAUAUAUCGUGAUCAAGACCAAAGAACAAGAAGAAAUGGCAGAGUUAAAGCGCCUGCGUCACGAAAACAAACAGCUGAGACACCGAUGCGAGAUGUUAGAAGAAGAAAGCAAGGCUUUGGCCGAUAGACUAGUCAAAGGACAAGUUAGUAGGGCCGAAGAAGAAGAAACCACCUUUGUGGUACAAAGGGAACUUGAUGCCUUAAGGCAUACUCAUCUGGAGACCACUCACCAACUAGCCCUGGCCAACGAGAGGAUCAGAGCCUUGUCCUUGAUGAUGGAAGAAACGCACACCUCACGUCAAUCUUCCAUGGAAGAAAUCACCCUAAAACAAGAGCAGCUCGUCCAACGCGAAGAAAUGAUCGAGUGUCUUCAAGAGGAACUGGUAAAAGUUCGUUUAAGAGAGGCAGAGAACGAUGCCAUCAUCAGAGAUCUUCGUUCGAGAAUACACGAAUUGGAGGAAGAUAAAAAAACGCUUAGGGAAAUCACUCCAGACAAUAGCGUGGCUCAUUUGCAAGAAGAAUUGAUCGCGGUGAAGCUGAGAGAAGCCGAGGCUAAUUUAUCGUUGAAGGAUCUGAGGCAGAGGGUGUCGGAAUUGAGCGAUCAGUGGCAAAGACAUUUACAGGACCACAAGCAGGACCCACCCCCUCCUUCGGACCCAUUGAGCACACCUAAGAAACUACUUUUCGGUAAACUGGGACAUAAUGAAACUCAGAAAUUGGAGGAGGAGCUGAUGACUACAAGAAUACGUGAGAUGGAGACGUUGACUGAAGUUAAAGAGCUCAGACUGAAGGUAAUGGAAUUAGAGACCCAAGUCCAAGUGAGCACCAACCAAUUACGAAGACAAGACGAAGAAAUCAAGAAGCAGCUAGAACUGAUCGAGAGGGCCGAAGGCAAAAACAAGGAAGCAGCAGCCCGUUUGUUGGACGAACAACGACGAUACGCAGAUCUCGAAAGCAAAAUGAAGGACGAACUGAUGAGGGCCAAGAUCAGCGAGGCAGAGAAAACGCAGGCCAACGCCGAGCUCAUGCAGAAAAUAGGACAGCUAGAACUAAAAAGCCAAGAAAUCGCUACCGAAGGUGAACUCCGCAUUCAUUCUGUCGACGCUAGCGACAAGGUAAGAGAACUCCAGGACAAAGUCGCCGAUCUUCAAGCAGAGGUCUUAAGGCUGGAGAGGAACAAGUUAGGCUUCGCUAGCGGGCGUCUAUCCGGAAACAGAUCCUCAUCGAUAGACAGCACGGACGAAGAUUCUAGAUUAGUUCUCGAAGAUUCCAUGCUGCGCCUCAACAUCGUAGACUCCCCCACCACCAAUAACGAACCCAACUUUAGCGAAUUGUCCAAAUCUGCGAGCGCCAGAAACGGCAAAAUAGAAGUAGAUUCCAAUGCAAAAGCGCACACCAAGUUAGAUGUAUAUAUUAGCGACAACUCUGCGCCGCAAGUCUGACACAUAGACUGAGUAUAGGAUCAUUUCUCAAAUUGUUGUAGAGAACUUUUCUGCAAGGCUGUGUUUCGUCUUAAGGUAUCAGAAACAAAAUGUACUUUUAAUAGAUGUAUAACCUAACAUAACCUCUAAAUUUUUGCUCCUAAAGCACAACAUUAAACUUGAAUUGAAGUUUGCAUAUCUAAAACCUUCUAGACGUAAAAAUAAUGAUGAUUUUAUGCAGCCUUACAGCGAAAGGUGAUAGAAUAAUGUAGAACUGUCUACUAGAUCAAUUGAGAUAAUUUUUAUACUUGUUUGUUAUUCAAGUUUGGGAUUGCGAAACAUUCUAAGGGCAUUUACUAGUAGUUGACUCAUUUGCGGGCAAAUGAACGUUGUAAUCCGAUAGAAAAACUAAUAUCGCAAGAUUGUAUACCAUUAUAGAAAAAUGUAUGCCAUUUUCGGGUUCUGGAUGUUAGAAUUUUUACAUUUCAGAUUGUGUAGUGUAAGGUUGGUAUUGUAUACAGUGUAAUGUAGACUAAUCUUAUGAUUUGACUUUGUAAAAUUGAAGAAUGUUGACAUUUUGAUGCACAUGAUCAGACUUUGAAAGGUUAUUCUUGCAUUUUUAUGAGAAAAAUACCUUGAAAACCCUGUACAGUAGUUAAGUCUGUUAUUUUGCUUGUAUUUCGUUAGAAUUAAUACAUUGUGCAAUGUAACAACACUGCAGUAUUGUAAUUAUUUAUUAGAAAUGUUCCAACCAUUAGAAAUGUUUUGUUUCACCAAAAUGUCGACAUUUUUCAAUUUUACACAAAAAACGAAUUAUACAUAUUUAUAAAGAAGAAAUUUUGUCGCAAUUUUUGAGAUUUUUGUGAUUUUAGUCAGUAAUAUACAAUGUAUAGUUGAGAUUAUGUUUUUGAAAGGUUUAAGGCAUCAAGUUUAGGAUAGAAGUGAAUUAUUGAGCGUAUGUGAUCUCCUAACACUUUACUAAGAAGAAAAUUAACUGCUUAAUUUACUUUUAAACAAUCUUGAUUUUUUUGUUGCGAAAAAAAUUUCAACCAAAUUGCACAAGAGAUAAAAAGAUUUUGUUUAUUUCUAUUUUAUUUAAUUUUUGUUAAGUAUUUAACUGUUAAGUGUCAGUGAAUUUUUAGAUUCAUAAGAUCUUCUUUUUAACACGAUGCAGGGUUUUUGUUUUGAUUUUUUUUUAAAUAUCUCUGAUAAAUAUGAUCUUGUAUAACGUGUUGCCUACCUUGCGGGGCGCUACCAUACUCGGUGAAAAUGAAUGGACCGUGAUAGUGUGACGUCAAAACGCCAAAAAGGUUUCCAAACAAUACAAAAGUUUGACGUCUGUCAGUCUCACGUGGUUUGCGUAAUAAUUUUUAAUUUUAUUUUAAUUUAGCUAGUUAAUUAAAAUUAAUGAAAUCGUGAUAUGGUAAUAGCUAUUUGUAUAACAAGGGAGGAAAGUGCUACUUUUCCUCCCGAGAAUGAAGUUUACUGCCCGACGCGUAGCGGAGGGCAGUAGUCAUUCAAGGUAGGAAAAGCACUUUACUCCCAUGUUAUACAUAUGGUUUUUCCACCUUCCUGAAAUAACAAGUCAUUUUUUAAUUUUUACUUAAUUUAUUUAUGUAACUAACCAACAAAAUUUAUUAGAACUAAAACUAACAAGUAGGUACAAUAUAACUGUCAACUGUCAAAUAUAGGUCAAAUUAUUAAUGUAAACAUUGUUAAAUCAAAAUAACAAUUUACUGUUUUUUACCAUUCUGCAAAAUACAGGGUGUUUUAUAAAUAAAUGUUAAAAUGUAUACAGAAUAAGCCAAAUAAAAACGGAACAUAUGCAGUUAAUACAGUGUAUCGGAACUACGUUUGAAAUAGUCGACCAAUAUAAAAGUUUGACACACAUAAAUCAUAGCAACUCAACUACCUGUCUUCUUUUAGGCUAAGGCUACGGCCAGACAAGCGACAAUUUACGGCGCUAUAAGAGCAGUAAAAUGAAGCGCGAAAUUUGUCCCACGGUGAGUGUAGUGGAUGGCCAGACUGAGCUGUAAAAUAUCGCGAAGCAAUAUCGAACGGAUCCAUCUUCAGCGUCGUGUCGCAAACAAAUGGACCUAGGUCCAAAUUUGUAGCUCAUCUAGCCACAACAACGACCGAAACACUGUACUUACAUCUCGCGACACGCCGUAAUUUAUAUCCCCGUCUGGCCAUGCUUUUUACUGCAGUUACUGCCGCUUCAUUUUACUGCUGUGACAGCACCGUAAGAGCAGUAAAAUGAAGCGGCCGUAAAAAGCAUGACCAGAUGGGGAUGUAAAUUACGGCGUGUCGCGAGAUAUAAAUACAGCGUUUCGGUCGUUGUUGUGGUUAGAUGAGCUACAAAUUUGGACCCAGAUCCUUCUUACCAGGACCCAUUUUCGCGCUUCAUUUUACUGCUCUUAUGGCGCCGUACAUUGUCGCUUGUCUGGUCGUAGCCUUAGCCUAAAAGGAGACAGGUAGUUGAGUUGCUAUGCUUUAUGUUUGUCAAACUUUUACAUUGGUAGACUAUUUCAAACGUAGUUCCGAUACACUGUAUUAACUGCGUAUGUUCCGUUUUUAUUUGGCUUAUUCUGUAGAUGCUUACGUAAUAGAAAUUAGAUAUUAUGCAGGACGUCAAUAACUUAUAUUUCAUGAAUGAAAUACCAUGACGUCACUUUUACUUUUCCUCCCUAGGGAGGAAAAGUACAACUUUGCUCCCUACAAUCAGGUCCGGAAAAGUAUACUUUCGGUAGAGGUAGGUGGAAAACAUAUUAUGUUUUAAAGAUGCAUCAAAAACACUUAGGUAAACAUGUAGAAAAUGCUUUAGAAUCUAGCCAUGUGCAUAGUUUCUCUUUUGAUGAGGAGUUUAAAGCAAUAGCGCGAAAGGUUUUCCUAGUAUGAAGGAUAAAAAAUAAAAAAAAUUGAUGUGAGAGUAAGAAACCGAAAACACCUAUAAAGUAUUUAGUACAUUAAAAGUAUUUAUCUUUUUAGCUAUUUUAGUACUUACAAUGUCAAAUGAUAAUCAUUGUUUUUGCACGUCGAUAUGUUUCCGAAACUUAAAAAACUUGCAAGUUCUCCUCUAUAAGCAUUGCUUACAAUCGGGUGCCAAACACAUUACCAAUUUGUAAAAAUUAAAUUACCUACAAACCAUAUAUAUUCCAAUUAUAAAAACGAAAAUAAAAAUUGGCAAACACCACGUGUGAAUUUUUGACAGAUGUUUGUUGUUUUUGGAAAUCUUUCCAGAGUAGCCAACAUUGAUUUGACGUCACAACUAUCACGGUCCAUUGCCGAAUAAUAAACCGAUCUCAAUAAAAUUCAUAGAGCCCAGAAAAACAGGCCAAAAUAUUUUGAUUGUUUUUGAAAAUAUAUUUUCUACUACAAAAGUAGAAGUUAAAUUAAUAACUUUUUGCAUAAUUAAAGAGAAAUAAAUGUUACUGACAGACCUCAAACCAGAUGGACUAUGACAUCAAGCGAAUGGCUGGCCACGAAUGGAUGCAAAUAACAACAUACAGAUAUGAAUGGACACACCUAAGGGAGGCUACAUCCGAAGAUGGAUGGAGAACAGCUAUAGAUAUAAUACUAAAUAGAUUAGGCAAGGUAUGGACCGCUCUGUGCAUUGAGGUGUAACGCGUGUCAUGGACGUCAUUGGUCAAUAUUCACUUUGAGUGGUCUAGCCAUCUUUGUAUGUCACAUGCACGGGAUCGCUUGGUUAAAAGAAAUAGAUAAACUACCGAUAGACUGCCCUCGCGUUACGCUUUUUUGCUCAGUAUGCCUUGUGUCUCCUUAAUAUAUCUAUGGGAACAGCUGAGGUUGAUGAUUAUGUUGUCAUUAAAGAUGAAGAAAUGUGGAUAAUCUCAAUUUUUUACAGAUGUCAAUAUUUAAACAAACUAAUUCGAGAGUCGACUUUCGUUUGUUUCGAGCUUCUGUCAUAUUUGUAUAAUUCAUGUAUAAUUCAUAUAUAUAAGUAUAAUUCAUAUAUGUAUAAUUCAUAUUAGCUCGAAACAAACGAAAGUCGAUGAGAAGCCCUAUUCUAACAUCCGAGUGUGGAAAACUGAAAAAUAUUAAUUGAUUUGUUCGAAUCUUUGUCAUAACAGCUGAAGACUAUCCAGAUCUCCAAAAAUGUAUCAAAUUUAAAUUUUGCGGGUCAAGAAAUUGUGGGAAACGGGAGUAGCAAAAAGUCUCACUGUAGAUCGAUACAGCACAGGUGAAAGUGACAUAAAAAUACUUCGUGUGUACCAUUAUUUCUUGUUAGAUUGUAUGGUUCUGCCUCGCGUUAAAUAAAAAGGGAAAUGUUGUUUCAAGAUUCGAGAUAUGGUAGCGCCUUAAACACAUAUGAUUACAUACAAAAUUUUUGUGAUAAAACAUAUGGAUUCUUAAUAGUUUAAUAAUCAAAAGGCCACUACUGUUUAUGUAAAAGGAAGAGUUUUCCAUUGUUACUAAAACUUAUCACUUAUCAAUUAAUUAUUGUUACAUAAUUAUGAUCCAAAAUUGAGAUCAUUCAUGAUAAUUGCAUCAUACAUCAUAAAUUCAUUAUAAUCAUUCUAGAUUUUUAUAAUUGUUAUUUUCGUUUGUUUUAGUGUUAGGUAGUUUUAGGUUUCACUAUUUCUAUUUUUUCCACACGAUUUAGACCUUCUUUAUUUUGUUACUGUUAAUUUUAGACACUUAAGACUAUUUUUAACAUUUAAAUAUGUUUUUGUAUAAAGUGUUGUCUACUUUUAGGUUUGUUCCAACACAACGAGAAACCGUCCAUGUAACGAUCACGUCCUGCGCAGUAAACAAAAUAAUCCAUGGAACGCACGGAAUAGAGAAACAGAAGGCAUGGAACGUAUUAUUUUAUAGUAUCGUGAUCGUUUACAUGACGGUUCUCGUUGUGUUGGAACAAACCUUUUGAGAUACUUUUAAGGGCAUUUUUAACAUCUAAAUACGUUUUUGUAUAACGUAUUGCCUACUUUAAUACAUUAUGUAAGAAGAUUUGUGUGCAAUACGAAAACUCUUCUCUUUUGACCGUGUCCUCGUUGUAAAAACAAUAAUAUUGGACGUUAGUACACCUAGAGAUUUGACAAUGUUAUAUAACUGUUAGUAGUGUGCAUUUAGAAUUUGAUAUUAUGGCCUGGAACACUUUUAUUGAAAUAAAUGUAUCCAGUGUGUGCGUUUUAGGGACGAGACCUAUUGAUAAGGGUGACUAGUUUAUAAGAAAUAGUGUGAUUUAUGUGAAUACGGUUUAUAAAACUAAGUAAAGGCAAAUCUUGUGGUGUGGGUUUGUAGGAAAAGAUUUUUCAUGUAAAAAGGCAUUUUUUGGGAAAGUAAAUUAGGAAGGAAUAGAACAAAACAUCGAAAUUUCAAACCCUCCUCGCCUUUAGCGAUUUUGGUCAACCCAUCUUUUCCUACAGGACUCCCACUGUGUUUAACUAUAGUUUCUAUUCCUGCGUUUAUUCCUUUUAUGGUUUUUACUUGUGACAGCCAGUCAAAAUGCUUGUUCCUACGGUUAGAAUUUUUUGAGUAAUUUUUUUAAUGAAAGCUUUGUAAUGAUAUUUUUAGAAAAGCUUGUCUAAACAUUCUAAAACUUCUUUUUAUGGGAUCUUAAAAAGAAGUGCGAACCAGACCAAUGAAAUUUUUGUAUCUCAGUGUUAUAUUUGUAGGACAAAAGAGAAUUUUUAACAUUAAGUAGUAUUAUUGUAUUGUUUUUUCUCAAGAAAUUAUCUUGUUCAUAUAUAAUUCUUAUAUACAGUAGGAAAAAUGAAAGAAUACCCAUGAACGAACAUAUAAAACACGCUGUAUUUUCCUGUCAACGUGUCAUACAAAAAAUUGGCCAGCGCAAGUACAUGUAAUAAUUAUUAUUACAUGUACUUGCGCUGGGCAAUUUUCUUUGUGACACGGUGACAGGAAAAUACAGCGUGUUUUAUAUGUUCGUUCAUGGGUAUUCUUUCAUUUUCCCGACUGUAUAAAGGGCUUUUCUACGAUUCUCAUUUGUUUCGAGCUUCUGUGAUAUGUCGUAUAAUCCGUGAAUAUUAAUAUUAUACACAAAUUAUACAACAUAUGACGGAAGCUCGAAACAAAUGAGAAUCGUUGAAAAGCCCUAUUGUCUUAACUAUUUAAGUGUUUUGGCUAAAUUGCAUUUUAUGCAAACGAGUGCCAAAAGCAGGCAACUUACAUGUGCUGGUUACAGCGUUUUACGCCACUCUUUUCCAUUUUUGGAGAAACUUUGCAGCUAUAGAUGAUUAUAAAAUAGAACUUCACAGAUUUGUAAAACAUGUAUUGCUAUUAAUUUUUUGAUAGUGCACAAAGAUUGGUGUACCAGUAGAGUUAAGUUAUAAAAAGUUAUUACUUUUUACUCAGAAAAUAAAUUUAUUAGCUUUUUCGGUUUUUGGUAAAUUUUUAUAUAAACGUUUACACUAUUUUUAUGGUUAAAAAUUCUUUUUUGUCACUAAUAUAAGUACCAUAAUUUCAAGAUAUCCAAAAGAAAACUCUUAGUUUGGUGAAACCUCCUCAAAAAUUAGAUUAUUGGUCGUCAUUCAAAUUAUCAUAGAGAAUAAAAUAAAUCCAAAUUUUUAUAGCUUUUGUUUAGUUGGCCAUACGUGACGAUUAUAUCAUCACGUCAUGUUAAAUAAAUAAACGUAUUAGGUUUUUAGGUUAGUUUCGGUUACUGUUUUUUAUUCACUUUUAUGCUGUACAUUUUUCUUCUUCGGGUUUUGCCAUUAUGAGUUGACUGUUUUCGUCAUCUACAGCAGUCUAUUCUCCCAGUCACCUUCUCUGACUCUACCUAUCAUAGCAUUUCUUAUGUAAGUUUUCCAUGUUAUAGCAGGUCUUCCUCUCCGUCUUCUUCCCAGCGUGUUCCAAUAUUCUUUUCGGCCACCUGUGCUCUGGCAUUCUUUAUACAUGCCCGUACCAUUGCAGGGCUGUUUCCAACUUUUCUGCAAUUGAGCAUUCUAUUUCCAUUCUGUUCCAUAUUUCCUCUGUUCUUCUUCUAUCCUUUCUGGUAGACAUCUUUUCAUAAAAUCCAAUUCAACUGUUCGUAUUUUAAAAGAUUGAAGUUAGUUUUCAAUCCUAAUAGCAUUAAUAAUAUUGAAAAUAUUAAAAAUAUUAGUAAAAGAUUUUUAAAUUGAAAACUUAUUGGUUAAUUUCCCUGGUGACACCUCCAAGGCUUCUAAAAUUUGCAAGCCAGAUGGAUGCUGCAGUGAAGACAAAGGGAAGGAAUUCUACACUAUGCAAUUCACAUCCCUCGUCUGCAGCUCGGUAAAGUUCCAACGGAAAAUGCACCGGGUUACUCUACGGAGUAAUACGACUAUAAAAUAAAAAUGUAUACCAUUUUUAUUCAGUUGCAAUGCGAAGGCAAAACAAUCUUACUUUUCAAUUAGAAUACGGAGCGCAGUCCAGUCCUCUGAAUCGCGAUUUUCGGCUCUUAUUGGAGCCUCAUCGGAAAGAACGUAGGCACUGUUCUCCAUACCCUAAUUGACUAGCGUCGAGAGUUUUUCCCACCCAUUGCAACCGAAGUGAAGGUAUUAGGUGACUAGCGUCAUCUGGCAAUUGAAAGAUGAAGUUGGUUUCAAUCCUAAUAUCAAAAUUAAUAAUACUGAAAAUAUUAAAAAUAUUACUAAAAGAUUUUUAAAUUGAAAACUUAUUGGUACAUUUCCCUGGUGACACCUCCAAGGCUUCUACAAUACCAAUAAGGUUUCAAUUUAAAAAUCUUUUAGUAAUAUGUUUAAUAUUUUCAAUAUUAUUAAUUUUACUAUUAGGAUUGAAAACUAACUUCAUCUUUCAAUUGCCAGAUGACGCUAGUCACCUAAUACCUUCACUUCGGUUGCAAUAGGUGGGGAAAACUCUCGACGCUGGUCAAUUGGGGUAUGGAGAACAGUGCCUACGUUCUUUCCGAUGAGGCUCCAAUAAGAGCCGAAAAUCGCGAUUCAGAGGACUGGACUGCGCUCCGUAUUCUAAUUGAAAAGUAAGAUUGUUUUGCCUUCGCAUUGCAACUGAAUAAAAAUGGUAUACAUUUUUAUUUUAUGUUCGUAUUUUAUUUCGUAUUGUUGUUUCAUUGCCCAUAUUUCCGCUCCAUAUAUAUUCAGCACUAUGCUCUGAAAGAUCCUUUGUUGUUUUCUUUGGUAGAGUGUUGUUCCGUAUCACUUCAUGGAGUGCUUUCGUGACUCGUUUUCCCCGUGCUAUUUUCAUUUCUACAUCCUGCAUACAAGUACCAUCUCGGCUUAUCAUUGGUCCUAAAUACUUAAAAAGUCUUACCAGUUCUAAUAGUAUUCUAAACUUACGAUCAAAUCUGCAAGCUCUGAUCCAAUACAUAAGUAUUCAGUCUUUUAUAUAUUUAUCUUAGCUCCCAAUAGCUCAUAGUGUUUCUUUAAUUUUCUUAUCAUAUAUUCCAUGUCCUCCGUGGCUUGUGCACAAAUGAGUUGGUCAUCGGCGAAAAGUAGUGAAUGUAAUAUAUAUUCUCUUGUACUAGUAUUGUUCCACAUUUUCUAUACCAUCUUUUCAAACAUUUUUUCUGAUUAUCUAUUUCAUAACUUUAAAUGAUUUGUAAGAUUGAUGAUUUGAUUUUUUUGAAGAUAGUGCCAGACGUAAGUGUUUCUUUAUCUAAUAUGUAAUGUGUAUUUAAUAUCAAUGUCAAGUGCCAACUGUAAACUUUUCUUAAUGUCAAACUUUUAUAUAAUGAACAGGAAAAAUAAUCUUAUAUAUUACGUGCAAUAAUUGUAGACGGAUAGUUUAUUUGUGAUCAACAUUUAUAAAAUUGUCGUAGGGUUCAAUUUUUAUCAUCAGGACUGUGGUGAUCUUUGCAGUCGUGAGGUAGUUGGUGGUUUUUGAUGAUACGAAUUGAAUUCUAUUUUAUAUCGGUGUAUUUUUAGUCAAUUUAGUGGAACAUUCCUUAUAGUUAAUACUCUUAACCUUCAAGGCUAUAAUUUCUAUUGAUUUUUGCUUAAUAUAUACGUUUUAGAGGUAAAUUUUAGAUUGUUUAUUGUAUUUUGUUACUGAACAACACAUACGCACUAUCUGGGUAACGAUAUGAUCCAUGUUUAGUAGAUUUUUUUCAAUUUAUUCUACAUUUACCCAUGACGGAAAAUUGUAUUAUAUGUUGCAUAUCUAAUGGCUAAUGGCGCCCUACAGUAGCUUGGAAGCUCCUUAAAAAAGAGCAAGAAAACACACUCAAUUUGUUAAAAUACCAAUAUUAUUUACUAUCUUUAAGGCCAAUUAAUCCAAGUUUCAAUUGAAAAUACAUUUAUUUUGAAAACUUCGGAAAUAGAAACCUAUUUUCAAUGAAAUUUAGGUUAAUUCCCAUUAAAGAUGGUAAACAAUAUUAAAAUGUCUGAAGAAAAUAGCUUGAGAACAAUAUUUAAAAUACUAAUAAUAAAUAACGUGCAAUAAAUCAUGAAGAAACGCAUUUAAGGUUCCUGAUAGUGCUUUUAUGUUUAACACCACUUUUUUUGUAAUAUAUUCAAAUCGUUGGUGUGGUCACUUAUUUUUUGUACACUUACACACAUACUUAAGCAAUAAAGUAUUAUAUUUGUGGACGAUUUUAAAUUUUAAGUACAUAUUUGUAUGAUUUGCUGGAAAGCUGUCAUGUUAUUUAUUUUCUUAAUAUUUUAUAUUUAUUUUUACAAUAUAUUUGUUUAACAAAUAA